CAAAUUCCGUACUUUGAUUUAAGGCUUCAACCGGGGAGGGGGUUUUAGGAUAAAACCCUCGACAAAAUGGCUACACGCGCCGCCCGUUCUUCUACCACGCGCCUCCUCUACACGUUCUGCACCACAGCCAUCAAUCCCGCGCACCAAACCCCUAACGGCGCCCUGCUCUCCGGAAGCUGCCAUGUUCGAUAUUUCUCCGCUGGCAGUGCUGCCGCCGCGCGGAUUAGGGAAGAGAAGGACGCCUGGUGGAAGGACUCCGUGCGAAAGCUUCGGAACAUCGGGAUUUCGGCUCACAUCGAUUCCGGUAAAACAACUCUGACAGAGCGUGUCCUGUUUUACACGGGUCGGAUCCACGAAAUUCAUGAGGUCAGAGGGAAGGAUGGGGUUGGAGCGAAAAUGGAUUCCAUGGAUUUGGAGAGAGAGAAGGGGAUUACGAUUCAGUCUGCCGCCACUUACUGUACCUGGAAGGAUUAUCAGGUUAACAUAAUCGAUACACCAGGUCACGUUGAUUUCACAAUUGAAGUUGAGAGAGCUUUACGAGUACUUGAUGGUGCCAUUCUCGUCCUAUGUAGCGUCGGUGGUGUGCAGAGUCAGUCGAUCACUGUUGAUAGGCAAAUGAGAAGAUAUGAGGUUCCAAGGGUGGCUUUCAUAAACAAGCUUGAUCGAAUGGGUGCUGAUCCAUGGAAGGUUUUGAAUCAGGCUAGAUCCAAACUACGACACCACAGUGCUGCGGUUCAGAUGCCUAUUGGUUUGGAGGAUGAUUUCAAGGGGCUUAUUGACAUUGUCAAUAUGAAAGCUUAUUACUUUCAUGGUUCCAGUGGGGAGACUGUUGUAGCUGAGGAUCUUCCUUCUGCGCUUGAAGCACAAGCUCUAGAAAAGCGGCACGAACUGAUUGAAGUAGUUUCAGAGGUUGAUGAUAAGCUUGCUGAAUUGUUUCUUAGUGACGAGCCCAUAUCGGCUGCUGAUCUUGAGGAGGCAAUUCGAAGAGCUACUGUAGCACGGAAAUUUGUGCCUGUAUUCAUGGGUAGUGCAUUCAAGAAUAAGGGGGUUCAACCACUUCUUGAUGGUGUACUUAGCUACCUGCCCUGUCCGACAGAAGUCAGCAAUUAUGCUCUCGACCAAUCCAAGAAUGAGGAAAAGGUCUUAUUAUCAGGAAGUCCUGCUGGGCCUCUUGUUGCUUUGGCUUUCAAGCUGGAGGAAGGUCGAUUUGGCCAGUUAACAUAUCUAAGAAUCUAUGAAGGUGUAAUAAAAAAGGGCGACUUUAUAGUAAACAUAAACACGGGAAAGAAGAUCAAGGUUCCUCGAUUGGUUCGGAUGCAUUCUAAUGAAAUGGAGGACAUUCAACAAGCUCAUGCGGGACAGAUUGUUGCUGUAUUUGGUGUUGAUUGUGCUUCAGGUGAUACAUUUACGGAUGGAUCGGUUAGAUAUACUAUGACAUCUAUGAGUGUGCCUGAGCCAGUCAUGUCAUUAGCAAUAUCUGCAGUUUCUAAAGAUUCUGGUGGAAAUUUUUCAAAAGCUCUGAACCGCUUUCAGAAGGAGGAUCCAACUUUUCGUGUUGGUUUAGAUUCCGAGAGUGGCCAGACGAUUAUUUCUGGAAUGGGAGAGCUUCAUCUGGACAUAUACGUGGAGCGUAUGCGAAGGGAGUACAAGGUUGAUGCAACUGUCGGGAAGCCACGGGUGAACUUCAGAGAGACAAUUACUCAGCGUGCUGAAUUUGAUUAUCUACAUAAAAAGCAGAGUGGAGGACAAGGUCAAUAUGGAAGAGUGAUCGGGUAUGUGGAACCCCUUCCACCAGGCUCGGGGACUAAGUUCGAAUUUGAGAACAUGCUUGUCGGACAAGCUAUACCUUCAAAUUUUGUGCCAGCUAUUGAAAAGGGAUUCAAAGAAGCUGCCAACUCGGGUUCUCUUAUCGGCCAUCCUGUUGAAAAUAUUCGUAUUGUUUUGAAUGAUGGUGCGGCUCAUGCUGUGGAUUCAAGUGAGCUUGCUUUUAAGUUGGCUGCUAUAUAUGCUUUCAGACAGUGCUACACUGUUGCAAAACCUGUUGUAUUGGAACCGGUGAUGAAGGUUGAGUUAAAGUUUCCGACUGAAUUUCAAGGCACAGUUACUGGUGAUAUUAACAAGAGGAAAGGCAUGAUUGUUGGGAUUGACCAGGAAGGAGAUGAUUGUGUAAUAACUGCACAUGUACCUCUCAACAAUAUGUUUGGCUACUCGACCUCCCUUAGAUCAAUGACACAGGGGAAAGGUGAAUUCACAAUGGAAUAUGUAGAGCAUGCUCAAGUUUCGCAAGACUUGCAAACGCAGUUGGUUAAUACUUACAAGGCUACAAAAUCAACCGAUUAGCUACAUCACAUUCCUCCAAGGCAAGUAACAGUUCCCUAUGAUUUAUUUCUUUACUUGUCCAUGGCAGUGACAUUUUUUUUUGUUGGGAAAGCGGUAUAAGUUAAUCCUUCAUUUUUGGGAAGCCUGUAAUAAGGCUUAUAUAUAUAUAUAUAUAUAUUUUCGACAAGAAUAAUCAGAAGAGGCGUUGUAGUGUGUGUUUAUCGGUUUUACAAAGUGAGUGCAAGCAGAACUAAGACAGCUAUAGCCUUAUUAAAGUCAGAGGCUGCAAAUCUGAUCAAGUAAAACUCUUCUUUUUUUCUUUUUUUUUUUUGAUCUGAAAGUAAAACUCUUACUGUUUGUCGAGGUUCUUAUUGUUAUUUGAUUCACUAAUCGAAUUGCUGCGGUGCUUGUUAAAUUAAAAGAUGCUGCAGAGAGUGUUUGUUGUAAUAAAAUUUGCUUAUUUUGGGAUUUUGAUUGUA